AUGGCAGUGGAUAUUGCACAAGAAAAGGGCAAUGGAGCUGACAGCCCGACCCCAUUGAGCCGCACUCCUUCUCAGUCCUCACACGCUACGCCGAUCUCAGAACAGGAUAAAGGGAUAAAUGAGACAGAAUUCCCAACGAAAGAGAGCAUCGAUGACCCAGACAGAGUGCUUGCCCAGGGCGACCAGAGGGACGCGUUGAAUCGCAUGAGGAGCUAUGCUACCGCCACCAGCGUUACCAGCACAACGGCAACCAACAGACUGCCGGAGCAAAAGCCCUGGUACAAACAGCCAAACCCGCUACGAUGGGGCAAGAUCACCCCAGUGCCCAAGGAGAGGGCCGUAUGUCCGGAGUACAAGGCUGGAUUCUUCAGUCGCUUGAUAUUCCACUGGAUUGCCCCGUUGAUGAGUACGGGCUACAAACGGCCGCUCGAGCUCAACGACAUCUAUACCGUCAACCCGGACCGCGCGGUUGAUCCUCUGACCAAAAAGAUGCGGGAAUCCUUCAAGCGCCGCGUCGCCAAUGGCGAUAAGUACCCGCUUCUCUGGGCCAUGCAUGAGACCUUCUUCGUCGAGUUUUGGAUAGGCGGUCUCUGCCAGCUUUUGUCUACCAUUCUUUCAGUCAUGUCUCCCUUCGCCUUGCGCUACCUGAUUCAAUUCGCUACCGACGCUUAUAUCGCGAGCUCCGUGGGCCUCCCGGCGCCGCAUCUCGGUGACGGCCUAGGGCUAGUCUUCGGCGUCACGGCCAUGCAAGCGCUGCAGAGCUUGUGUAUCAAUCAUUUCAUUUAUCGUGGUAUGAUGAUAGGCGGCAUGUCGAGGGCCUCCCUGAUCAGCUUGAUCUAUGAGAAGUCCAUGGUGCUAUCUGGGCGGGCCAAGGCGGGCGGCGCAGAGCUUCCCGAUAUCCCCGCUGCAACAGCAGCCGAGAAAGGGGGAAAGGAGAAGACUAGUAGGACGAAGAAGGGCUCCACCAAGAACCAGCCGGGUGUGUCCGGCGACGGCGCCGGCUGGAGCAACGGGAAGAUUACCAACCUAAUGAGUGUCGAUACAUACAGGAUAGAUCAGGCAUCUGGUAUGUUCCAUGUGAUUUGGACCGCUCCCAUCGCCUGCCUGAUCACCCUUGCCAUGCUCCUGGUCAACCUGACCUACAGCGCGCUUGCCGGGUUUGCACUUCUGGUCAUCGGCGUGCCUGUGCUCACAAAUGCCAUCAAGGGCCUGUUCAUCCGGAGAAAGGCCAUCAACAAGAUUACGGACCAGAGAGUGAGCCUCACGCAGGAGAUUCUGCAGUCCGUACGCUUCGUCAAAUUUUUUGGCUGGGAAGGCUCCUUUCUGAAGCGCCUUGAGGAGUUGCGAAGUCAGGAAAUUUCAUCCAUCCAGGUCUUACUGGCCAUCCGCAACGCAAUCAUGGCCAUCAGUUUGUCUCUACCCAUUUUUGCUUCAAUGUUGUCAUUCAUCACGUAUUCAUUGUCCAACCACAACCUUGCCCCUGCCGAGGUCUUCUCCUCGUUGGCCCUUUUCAAUGGGCUGAGGAUGCCCCUGACCAUGCUCCCCUUGGUCAUCGGCCAGGCGACCGAUGCGUGGUCGUCCAUUUCCCGUAUUCAGGAGUUCCUCUUGGCCGAGGAACGUGAGGAAGAAGCGAUAUUCAACCCCGAUGCCGAGAAUGCCGUGGAGAUGCGCGACGCAUCCUUCACUUGGGAGAGGACAAAGACCCAAGAUGACGAAAAACCCGCUGGGAGGCCCAAGGGCGAGCCAGGAAAGGGGGGACCGAAAAAGAAUCGCGGCAUUUCACCGACCAAUCCCAGCGAGGACGGGAGCGUUGUUACCGAAGAGCAAGAGCCGUUUAAACUCCAGAAUCUCAAUUUCGAGAUAGGGAGAAAAGAACUAGUUGCCGUCAUCGGUACGGUCGGCAGCGGAAAGUCCUCCUUGCUCGCCGCUCUCGCCGGAGAUAUGCGUAAGACGGGCGGAGAGGUCACUUUGGGCGCCUCAAGAGCGUUCUGUCCGCAGUACGCCUGGAUUCAGAAUACGACUGUGCAAGAAAACAUCCUUUUUGGAAAAGAGCUGGACAAGGGAUGGUACUCGGAGGUCAUCAAAGCUUGUGCGCUGCAACCGGACUUGGACAUGUUGCCGAACAAUGAUCUGACAGAGAUCGGCGAAAGGGGUAUCACCAUCUCGGGAGGGCAGAAACAACGGCUGAACAUUGCGCGGGCUAUCUAUUUCGAUGCCGACAUCGUCUUGAUGGAUGAUCCGUUGAGCGCAGUUGAUGCCCACGUCGGACGCCAUAUCUUUGACAACGCUAUUCUUGGCUUGCUCAAGGACAAAUGCCGAAUCUUGGCAACGCACCAACUUUGGGUCCUGAGUCGCUGUGAUCGGAUCAUCUGGAUGGAGGAAGGCAAGAUACAGGCGAUUGAUACUUUCGACAACCUGAUGAAGAACUCAGAGGGGUUCCAGCAAUUACUGGCAUCAACGGCCGUGGAAGAAAAGAACGCCGACUCAGCACCUACUCAAGGCCUAGCGGACGGCGGCCAGCUCAAAAAGAGGAAGAAGGGUAAAAGCCUAAUGCAGGCCGAGGAGAGAGCUUUAGCCAGUGUGCCGUGGUCGGUAUAUGCAUCCUACACCAGGGCGUCGGGCACAAUCCUGAACGCCCCAUUAGUCCUCGCGCUCUUGGUGUUGUCACAAGGAGCCAACAUCGUGACAAGCCUCUGGCUGUCAUACUGGACCUCUGACAGGUUCAGGCUGUCCACAGGGGUGUACAUCGGUGUCUACGCGGGUCUCGGUGCCGUUCAAGCGUUGAUCAUGUUCGGCUUUAUGGUGUCGCUCUCCAUCUUCGGCACGCUUGCUAGCAAAACGAUGCUGCGAAACGCCAUCACGAGGGUGUUGCGCGCGCCCAUGUCCUUCUUUGACACGACGCCGCUUGGCCGCAUCACGAACCGCUUCAGCCGCGAUGUCGACGUCAUGGACAACAACCUCUCGGAUGCGAUGCGCAUGUAUUUCUUCAGCAUUGGUAGCAUUAUUUCGGUAUUUGCGCUGAUCAUCGCCUUCUUCCACUACUUCGCCAUCGCGCUGGUUCCCCUGGCCCUGUUGUUCGUGUUUGCCGCGAGCUAUUAUCGCGCAUCAGCAAGAGAGGUCAAGCGAUUUGAGUCUGUGCUUCGUUCCAACGUCUUUGCCAAGUUUGGCGAAGGCUUGUCUGGGGUUGCGAGCAUCCGAGCAUACGGGCUGAUGGAUCGCUUUAUCACGGACCUUCGCAAAGCGAUUGACGAGAUGGACUCGGCUUACUUCCUCACCUAUUCCAAUCAAAGGUGGCUGUCAGUACGGCUUGACAUGAUCGGCACCGCCCUCUUUUUCACCACUGGAAUUCUGGUCGUAACGUCGCGGUUUUCCGUUGACCCGUCGAUAGGCGGCCUCGUGUUGUCAUACAUCUUGGCCAUCGUCGGCAUGCUCCAGUUUACUGUGAGGCAGCUGGCUGAAGUCGAAAACGGCAUGAACGCUGUUGAACGACUUCACUACUACGGAACGGAGCUUGAGGAGGAGGCGCCACUGAAGACCAUUGAAGUCCGCAAGACAUGGCCGGAGAAGGGCGAAAUCAUCUUCGACAAUGUCGAGAUGCGAUACCGGCCGGGGCUUCCUCUGGUCUUGCAAGGCCUCAGCAUGCAUAUUAAAGGGGGAGAGCGCGUCGGUAUUGUUGGCCGCACUGGCGCUGGCAAGAGUUCCAUCAUGUCAACCCUCUUCCGACUGGUUGAACUCUCAGGAGGGCACAUCACCAUUGACGGUCUUGACAUCUCAACCGUCGGCCUCCACGACCUGCGCUCGCGCCUCGCCAUCAUCCCGCAGGAUCCUGCUCUGUUCAAAGGCACCGUACGCAGCAAUCUCGACCCCUUCGGCGAGCACACUGACCUUGAGCUGUGGUCCGCGCUCCGGCAAGCCGAUCUUGUGCCGGCGGACGGUGGGCAGCACGCACAAGCACCCGGCGCGGUAGCCAAUUCGGGCGCCGACCAGGACGUGGAAGCCGUCGCACCGAGCAAUGACAAUUCCGCCACUGCCAAUACUGGUCGCAUUCACCUCGACUCGGUUGUCGAGGAGGACGGCCUAAAUUUCUCGCUGGGCCAGCGCCAACUGAUGGCUCUGGCACGGGCGCUGGUUCGCGGCUCACAGAUCAUUGUCUGCGACGAGGCGACGUCAAGCGUCGAUAUGGAGACGGAUGACAAGAUCCAGGCGACCAUCGCCAACGGGUUCCGAGGAAAGACUCUGCUGUGUAUCGCGCACCGCCUGCGCACCAUCAUCGGGUACGACCGCAUCUGCGUCAUGGAUAAGGGGAAGAUCGCGGAGAUGGGUCCGCCGCUGGAACUGUGGAAGAUGGAAGGGGGGAUCUUUAGGGGGAUGUGCGAUCGCAGCGGGAUCCGCGUGGAGGAUAUCCACGGGGCUAGGGAAGAGUUGGGCCCAGGGCCGGCUGCUGGUGCGGACGAAGAGAAGUUGGAAAAAUCAGAGGCAUGA